AUGUUCAGCCGCCUCGCUAGGCCGCAGAGCGCUUUGCGCGCGGUCUCUUCAUUCUCUCCACUCUCUCAGACACCCUCCUCCGCUCUCCCACGCUUCCAGUCCCGGAGCAUCCAUCGUCUACCUCAAUUGCAACAUGACGCGUACUACAAAGAGAAUGGAGUUCCGGAAUUCAUGUCUCCCGAUGCAUUUGACUUUGCCUGGACCCAGUACCAAACAUUCCUGAUCCAGAAGCUCAACGGGUUGACGCAAGACACCGUUGAUGCGGAUGCGAAACCCGGAGAAUUGCUGGUCAAGUACUCGCGGCGUCCGGAGAUGGCCUCCCUGUUUAACUACGCCUCAAUGGCCCACAACAACCACUUCUUCUUCAACUGCCUGUCCCCGACCCCCACCCGGAUCCCUACAGCCUUCGCUGCCACCAUCACCGAAACCUGCUCGUCCGUUGAGUCCCUGAAGCUGGAUUUCCUGGCAACCGCCAAUGCGAUGUUCGGCCCGGGCUUCGUGUGGCUCGCCAAGAACCUGGACAGCCAGGGUCUGAUGCACAUCUUCUGCACGUACAACGCGGGAUCGCCGUACCCGGCCGCGCACUCGCGGCAGCAGCCCGUCGACAUGAACACGCACUCGCCGGACGCGCCGCUGGGCAACCAGUUCGCAGGAUCGAUGGGCGCACAUGCGCCGGGCCAGAAGACAAUGGCCCCCGGUGCGCUGGAUGUACAGCCCAUUCUCUGCGUCAACACGUGGGAGCACGCGUGGAUGAUGGACUAUGGCAUUGCGGGCAAGGAAGAGUACCUGGAGCGGUGGUGGGAUCGGAUUAACUGGGAUGUGGUGUUUGACAACUACAACGCCGUGGGUCAAAAGGCACAGCAGAAGGAUUUUAGACUGAGGGCUUGA